AUGUAUCGCACCUUCAACUCUAGAAUAGCUCUUCGAGCCAUGAGCCGCGGCAUUGCCCCCGCAACUUGCAUUGGAGCUUUCGUCGCAACACGACCUGUCAUCCGUUGUGAUGCACCCACCCUUGCCACGGGGCCUCCACGACGAAACCGCUCUUUUGAUGUUUCUCCAGAUACUGUUCGUCAGAUUUCUAGCGGAAGUAUCGCUGGAUUUGGAAUCGGGGUUGUAGUCGCUCUCUUUUCGCGAACCCUUGCAUUCCUCGCAGGAGUAAUUGCCUUUUCCAUUCAUCUCGCUUCCCGUUGGGGUUUGGAUAUUCCUCGAACUCUUGGUAUUGAAAAGCUGUUGAAGAAGAGCUCGAUCUGGAAUAAGAGCAAGAACAGGCCACUGUUCACCGUCUCUUUCCUCGCAACAUUUAUACUAGCUACCUUUGUACGUCUAUAG